ACCCAAGGAAAGAGCGGGAAAGUUCCUGUGAGGAGCUGUAGAGAAAGCAGACGCCAGCGGAACCUGGUGCUGAGCUUACAGAGCCCAGGGACCUGUGGCUCUUGGUCCGGCUCUGCCGUGAAAGCCAGUGGAGCCCUUGCGGGCCCGGUUCCAAAGCCGUGAUGCCUCAGCGGAGACGUAAAAUAAGAACAGCCGCCGGUGGGUCGAAACCAGAGAGAGCGGAGUCCGGCGGAGAGGCAGGUAGGCCCCACCAACCCAAAGAUGAGGAGAAAGUUUGUCCAGUUCAUAAAGGUGGACAGAGGGGUCGCCGAAGUGAGGGAGAACCGAGAGGGGCUCGAGCUGAGGGAGCAGAAAGGCCCUUGCGAGCCAGAGGGGAGAAACGAGAACGACCUAUCCGAGGUGAGGCCUCUGUUGAAAGCCAGAGUUCUGCCGGAGCUGAGGGAAGUGAGAGCCCUGUUCAAGCCAAGGGAAGAGAAAAGACUACUAAAGCGGAGGGAGGCGACUGGUCUCUUAGAGGCAAGGGAAAAGAAAGGCCUACUAAAGCUGAAGGAAUGGAGAAGCCUGUUCAGUCCAAGAUAGUAGUAGAGAAGCCUGAUAGAAUUCAGGGAGCAGAGAAACCUGCUCUGGCGGAGAAGCCUGGUCGAGGUGGGAAGGCGGCUCGCGGUGGGAGGCCUGAGACAAGUGGAAAGCCCAGAGAAACCGAGAGGCUUUUGGGGGAUGAGAAACCCACUCAAGUUGAGAAAGCCACUGGGGCCGAGAAAGCCACUGGGGCGGAGAAAACCAUUCGGGCAGAGAAAGGCACUCGGGCGGAGAAAACCCCCCGCGCCGAGAAACCCACCCGCGCCGAGAAAGCCACCAGCCCUGAGAAACCCACUAGUCCUGAGAAAGCCCCCCGCGCCGAGAAAGCCACCCGCGCCGAGAAAGUCCCCCGCGCCGAGAAAGCCACCAGCCCCGAGAAAACCACCAGCCCAGAGAAACCCACCAGCCCUGAGAAACCCACUAGGGCCCAGAAAGCCACUCGGGCCCAGAAAGCCGCUCGGGCUGAGAAAGGCACUCCAACUGAGAAACCGGCUGCGGCCGACAAACCCGCUCGUGCUGAGAAAACCGCUGGGGCCGAGAGACCCACUCGAGCAGAGAAACUCAUUGGGGCCGAGAAGCCCUCCCGACCUGAGAAACCUACCGGGGCCGAGAAGCCCUCCCGACCUGAGAAACCCACUGGUGCCGAGAAACCCACUCGAGGUGAAAAAUCCACUCGGGCUGAGAAACCCACCAAGGUCGGCCAACCCUCUGUGGCCAAGAGGCACUCCAAGGUGAGGGAACUUGUCAGUGAUGAGAGCCUGGAGUUCCAAGAAGAAGAGGGGUUCCCUCCAGCUCAGUUAGAGGAAUCUGAGGAUGAUGAUGAAAGAGAGCCACCAGAAGGGGAGAAUGAGGCAGAUGAAACUGGCUUUGAAGAACAAACUGAACAGUAUAGCUGGGCGAAGACAUCUCAUCUCAUAGUGCUGAUCGUCGUCUUGACAAUUAUCUCCGUUUUGCUGUUUAUCUACUGGAAUUUUCCUGAGCUUAGUGAAGAAGAAAAAGCAAGUCUGAAGUUUCCCAGAAACCUAGAUGAGUUGACAGCCUUAGCAAAACUUUUCGCCAAAUACAAGGACAACUUUUAUGUUUGUAAGAAACAUAAACGCUGAUUGGUUCCCGGGAAGCAGAUGAUGGUGGCGGAGGUUUUCCAGAAUCCGAAACCAUGAAGUAUGCAGUGGAGAAUGAUGAAAUUUCGAGAUGGGGAAGAGGAGUGUUGAAGAAACGUUUAAUAAAAGCAAUGUGCCUGGUGGAAAAAAAUUCGGAAAAUAGAGGGUUGAUGUUUAUUUAACUUUAACACUAAUUGUUAGUGUUAAGUAAUAAGUCUCCCUCCUCAAAAUAUUUUGCAUUCAUUUAUUCCACCUGUAAAAUAAGAAAAGUUCCAUUGAUCGUUUCCAGUUUUUUCCUUUUAUACCCACAAACUAUCAGCACAAUUUCUGGUUCAUAGUUUGUGGUUAAUAAAACGUUCAAUUGAA